AUUGUUUUGUUUUUUUCCAGAACAAUCGCUCAAAUACAUCUGUAUGUUUACACAAGGGUCAGUCUUGACGAAAACAGCCUGAACGGCCUUUGAAGGCGACUGCACAAUUUCCGUGUAGUAGUCGCUAAUCGGAAUGGGAAAGAGGAAGUUAUACCGCCAGUUCAGGAAGGCCGAGCGAGCUAUGGAGACGGCAGCAAACAUGAGCGGCCGGGCAAGCGGACGGGUUCAAGCUGCGGAAUUGACAAAUGCUAGUUUUCCUGGACCUGCAGCAUGGCAGCAAUAUCAACCAUUACAUCCUCAGCCUGGAGUCCAAUACUUGCUCCCCAUGCCACCGGCACUCAUUGUGCCGACUCGGGUACCGUAUUAUGCUGCAAUUGCUCCGCAGCAGCUUCAGCAGCAGCAGCAGCCCCAGCAGCAGCUUCAACAUCAUCAGCCCCAGCAGCAGCUUCAGCAGCAACAGCCCCAGCAGCAGCUUCAGCUGCAGCAGCAGCCCCAGCAGCAGCAGCAGCAGCAGCCGCAGCAGCAGCCCCAGCAGCAGCUUCAGCAGCAGCAGCAGCCGCAGCAGCAGCCCCAGCAGCAGCUUCAGCAGCAGCCGCAGCAGCAGCCCCAGCAGCAGCUUCAGCAGCAGCAGCAGCAGCCGCAGCAGCAGCCCCAGCAGCAGCUUCAGCAGCAGCAGCAGCCGCAGCAGCAGCCCCAGCAGCAGCUUCAGCAGCAGCAGCAGCAGCCGCAGCAGCAGCCCCAGCAUGGUACUUUAGCACAGGUAACAGGUCCCAUGCAGAGCCCAGCAUCAGCUGGAUUAUGUAGUGUAUAUGGGGGUGAAGGCCUGCUGCCUCCACCUAUCCCUUUUGUGCAGCAACCUCCACUACCACCAACACCACCACCACCGCCGCCGCCGCCGCAUGCAAGGCUGAAACCACACAGGAGAUGGUCCACUCCACCGGUGUCAAUGAGGCCACCAUCAACGCAUCACUCGAACGUACAAGAUGUGGAACUGGAGGUUGAACAGGAGGUGGGUGUGAAGGUGGAAAUGCAGAGAGACGCAAAAUCUGGUGCACCAGUGAUGAGCAAGGAUAUUAUGGCCCAACAGUUGGCUUCAGAGCCGGGGUACUUGAAUGUUUCUGCUGAACGCACUAGUACCAUGUCACACAGCCAUUGGAGCCGCGUGGGACACUCGCCUGCAUGCAGUCAUGUCCAAGGGCCCCGUACUGGUAAACGCAUCAGUGGCAGCCGGAAUGCAACGCUCGUCGAUCCACGGACGGCGGCCAAAUGCACUAGUGCUGUGUUUGCAGGCUACUCCAAUGCCGGCACACAGGAAACCACCAACAGCACCACAGGACAACCCGUGCCUACGUGGGCGGUAAGCGAACUCACCAUGCCAGGUUCACCGGCGCACUACUUCCAGAAAGAUGCCACAGAAAUUCAGUCCAUGACAAAGUCACUGUCCUCUGUGCGCUCAUCGGCAGAACACAAUGGUGAACAGAGCCAAGAGUCUGAAGAGACGGAAGGGAGCAUUGCUUCAACUCAGCCUGGUGCGAUGCACGAAGCGCAGCGUAGGGAACGCAGACGCAUGAAGCAGCGCAAUCAAUGGGAGAGCGUCUCGGUAAAGGUCUCCUUGAAUAAAGACCUCAGCAAGUAUUGGUGGAAGAAGCAGAUUCUCCACAAGGACUUGUUCAAACUGCUUGCAAAAAGGCUGGAAGACUUGGUGAGGUGGAAGAUGCGAUGUGAUCUGCACAAGGUCUCUCCGCAAGUGUCAAGAUUCGUGGCAAUCGUCAUGAGGAGAUUCUUUCAAAUUGAGAAGAAGCUAGAGAGGCAGGAGCAACUCCACCGCUUGCUCGAGUGCUUGGGAUAAAUAAUGGACAUGCCUCUCUUGAAGAGUUAAAGAGCAUGAAACCAAUAAUACUGAACUGAAGUGAUAAAACUCUAACGAUACAUACGAACGUUUCAUGUCAAGGACGGAACGUAGAGUUCUAUCAUGAAUAACCCAGGCAAUAUUUGUCACGAGUCUUGUAGUGUGCAUAUUCAAUACCCAGGUGUAAAUAUACCGUAGUGAAAACUGCAGUUUGUUGUUUGCACUUACAUGUAUGGCUAGAGUUUUAACAUAGGCUGCUGGUUCCACACAGUUGUUGCUUCUUUGUUGUUGUUGUUUGACAUCUUUCAUUCUCAUCGUCACGAUGUUGGUCUGUGGUCAAUAAGAGAAAUUGUUUUUCCACCAGUG